AUGGAAAGUAAUAUUUCUCCAACUCUUGAAAAGUGCAUAAAAAGAUGUUUGAAAAAAGAAUUUGAAACGAAUAUACAAGAAUCAUUGAAAGAAGAUGUGGAUAAUAUGAAUAUUGUUCGAAAAAUUGUACGUUCAAAAGAAAUGUCUGUUUUAGUGAACUCUAUAAGAACUACGAUCAUUGAACAAUCUGCUUCGAUAUCUGAAUCAACUUUAAUUUCUGAUUCGCGACCACAAUCAUCCUUCUCUUGUAUCAGUGAUCAAACAAGUGAAGAUUGGAAUUCUCCAUUAAAUAACGAUGAAUCUUAUAAUAUUAUUCUUGAUAAAAUUAAUCAAAAUAAACCUGUUCAUGUGAGAUUAGCUGGUUAUGAAAUUUUAUUAAAAAGUGAGCUAUCAAAUCUAAAUACUAAUCCCAUAUGGGAUUUACUUCAAAAAGCUCUGCUAGAUGGUCUGAUAGAUGAAAGUAAACCUAUUUUUGAAGCAAGUUUACAAGUACAUGCAAAAUUGCUCACUUGUUUGCAAUCGUAUGACGUAUAUAUCAAUUUAUUGAAUGCUUUCAAUACUCAAUAUUAUUCGCAAAAGACAUUUGAAAUUUUACCUACAUUAAUUUCCGGAAUUAAUUUUAAAUUCUUUUUCCAUGAAAGAAUAUUUCGGAUCGUACAUCUAAUAAUUUGUUAUCACGAAGAAAAGUUAAAAAAUGCAAGAAAUCCUGAUAAAACUAUAGAAGAAUUAAUAGAGCAAUUUAUAAUGUUUUUGAGUACAUAUGAAUUUAAAAGUGUACCACAAUCAAAAACAUUAAAUAUACUCAAUAUUGUUUCUGUGUUAGAACCAUGUGCUGAUUGGAGUAGAAAAUGGAUUGUUAGUCUUGCUACUAGAAAAAUGUUUUUAACUGCUUUAGGGAGAUCGCCAAAUUUAUUACAGCAAAUAAUGCAUUAUGUACAUAAAGGAUUGGAAGAACCACCUCAUUCUAUAGCAGUAUCUAUUUAUGAUGAUCCAAUGGAAGUUAUUAUUAAUGGGCAUACAGUGGAAACAGUAACUUAUCUUCAUUGUUUAUGUUUUAUUUCUCAACUUUGUGCUUAUGAAGCAGGGCGUGAACUUUUAAUAGAAAAUACAUUCGAUAUUCCAUUUUCAGUUUCUGAAUUUUUAACUGCUUCCCUGAGAGCUUUGAAUAAAUUAUCUACAGAGACAUUAAAUAAUGUAUAUGAUGUUUCUUGUUAUGCUUUACAAUUUAUUUUAGACAAGUCGAUCACAUUAUAUAAUGAUGAAUUUUAUCAUAUUGCGCUAUGUCAUUUAUUAUCUUUUUCUGAAAAUAACAUUACCAUAUGGCCACAUACGUUAAAUAUUAUCCUACAUAUGUUAGACACAGCAGAUGGUUCUGCAUUCCUUAUCUCGGAAUGCAAAGAACAUACAGUAAAUUUUGAAAAUAAUAUAUCAAAAUGUCCAGCUAUGUUUAUUAUAAUAAUAGCGUCGAAUAUGUUACAACAACCUCUUUCCAUAAUGAAUAUAAAAUAUCUUGUUAAAUUAUUUGAAGUAAUACAAAAGUUAUUUGAUGUAUUUGAUGCAUAUGAAAUAGUACAGUAUAAAAUAGAAAAAGAAUUUUAUCCAGCUGUAUCAUACUUUUAUAAGAAAUUGGAUAAAUUUUAUUUUGGAAAUGAAAAUAAAACUCAACAAAUAAAUAGUACAGUCAAUACAUUACUACUCAAAAUGGUAUCUAUACCAUUUGGAUUGAAAAGUCUUGUUCAAGAAUCAUCAGUAUUUCAAGAACUAAUUGAAGGAUCUAUUGCACCUUUAAAAAUGUCGUGGAUAUCAAUUGAAGUAGUUAAUUUUGUAUCAUCUGCUGCUUUUUUCCGUUUGGGGUACAAUGUAAUUGCUAAUCUUGCACCUCAUGUUUUAUCUACCUUACUCGCAGAAACAUGUAAAAUAUUGGAAGAUCCACACCAUUUUCACGAUCCAUGGGAUCAUACAAAUGUUCAGAAAUUUUUACAUAUACUAACAAUUUUUUCUCUUAAUUUUAAUCAAGAGUCAUAUAAUGAAGAACAUAACUAUCCACUUAAUUUAUCAGAAUUAUUUAAUGAUUCGAUAAAUCCUGAAUCAAAUUAUCAUUAUUUAGGACUUUUAUCAUUAGAUAUUGUGAUAUGGAAUUUGAACAUUUGUUUAUAUCUAUUAGAAUUACUAAAUUUUCAGAAUAUUUUAUUAGGAUUUCUAAAUUUCAAUACAGAAAUUAUAAGUGAAGAAAUAAAUAUAAAAUAUAUUGAUAAUUAUACUUUAAUACGACGUAAAAUUAUAAACAAAACAUAUUUUAUUGAGAAUAAAGAUAAAGAAGAAACUAAAUCAAAAGAAUAUGACACAUCAGAACUGUAUCCACGAAAACUGAAUAAGCAAAGUUAUUCCUUAGAAACUAAAUAUGAUACGGAAUUAGAAAGUUUACUUCAAGAAAAUAAAUCUGGAUUGCUAGAUAGUAGUUGGGUCAAACAAAUUAGGGAAGCAUAUACAACAUCACUAAAUCCAAUAAAAAACAUGGUAUUAAUUCAAUUAGUGGAUCAGAUGCAGAAAGCAAUUCCUACUGCAGAAUGGACAGAAAAUUUUCAAUGGAAGGAAAAUAUAUUAUCAAGUACAGAUUGUUGGUUUGCAGAAGAAAUACAUGGAAUUGAUUUAGUUUUGUAUUAUGCAGAACAAAAUAAUGUUUUAGAAAAUACAACUGAAAUGAAAGAAAAAUUACAAAAAUUUAUAAAUGCAUGUUAUGCAUUUAUACAAUAUGAAAGACCAAUAAAAUUCGAUGGAUUUGAUUGGUUUUUAUCAACAGUAUUUAUUAUUUGUGAAGGAAAUGUAGACAAAUGUAAAACAUUUAUUACUCAACUAAUUCAAUUCCCAGUAAUUCCGUUUUUAUGGUGUAGUCUGGGGAAAGUUAUAGAUAAAAAUAUUAAGGAAGAAUGUGCUACACAAUAUACAUUUAUGCAAAUUUUAGAAAGUAUUAUUAGUAAUGAACUUCCACAUAUCAAAGUUGCACUUAAGAAUACGUCUGGAGUGGAUUGGUCUUUAAUAUGUAAUUUAAUGGUAUCUCAAUGUUUUUGGGGUAUACUUCCAUGGCCUCAAAUUAUGCAUUUCUUUGCAAUUUGUAUUUUAUUUUCACCUGAUUAUAUAAUAUAUUAUUGUGUAUCACUUCUAUAUCAUUGUCAAUUUACAAUAAUGGAAAAUGUCACUAAUGGAAAACUGUGGCCAGAACGUAUAAUUUUUGUGGAAAAUACUUUGUACGUAAUAUGUGCAAUAUUUAUACAAGUUGUACCUUUCAAACUCAGGAACAAAGUAUCAGUUGUAGACUUUUUUAUUCACAAAAUGAACUGA